AAAAAGUUUAAUGCCGCCCGCCAUCUUUCUGUGUUUGUGUUGUGCAGUAGGAUUUGGAGAUUUUGAAGAUUUCAAUUUUCCUUGGAUUUCAUCAUUUUUUAUCAGCACAUUAGAAUAAUUUCUCGAAGAUUGUUACUAAGACUAUUGAAUUGACAUCGUUUUGAAUAUCAGCCUAACUUAGUUCUCAUGUAAAAAUCGGCCGAUGGUGAAUUUGAAAAAGAUAUUUGUCUUCGAGCUUUUAACUUAAAUUUCAUUGUUAUUUGUGUAUAAAAGACGGCUGCAGCAGAUUACCUCGCUAUUAAAACAGUUGUGUACGGUUCCUGGGAUGUAACAUGAAAAAAUGGCAUUGGCCACCACACCAGCUAGUGCCUUUUAUCGUUUUGCAGAACGCAAAUUAAAUAUCUUCGCAUCUGAGCAGAUUGAUUCCACCUCCAGUGUUGGGUCAGCCCGGCCCCCGGCGAGGCACCCGCCCCCGGCCCCGGCCCCCCGCGCGUGACGCCAUGGACGAGAUCAGCUACUGGGUGUUCACCAAGCGCGCGCCCUGCCUCAUGAACUAUGACAACCUGCUGAAGCAGCGCGAGCAGGACGCCGGCCUGCGCGACCUCAAGCAGCCCGUGAGCAUCAGCGACGACGACAACACUCCUCCUCCACCUAAAAAGAAGAAGAAAAAGAAACUCUCUCUUCUUGAUGAUGAUUCUGGUUCAGAUAAAGUACAAGGAAAUGUAUAUUUUGACUCAUCUAACCAGCCACAGGUCAAACCUACUAUACUGAGUAGUUGCAAAUCAUCAGAUGUAGAGUUUAACAUAAAGAAAGUCAAUGUACGGGCUAAACCGAAAAGAAAAAGCCUUCAAAAGAACAAUCGGCCAACUCCUCGUAAGAAAAAUGUGAUUGUUUCAUCCACACCUAAGAUAUCUGCAACUACCGCUGUGCGCCGCAGCCUCCGUAACUCGCGCAAGGGCUGUAACGAGAGCUUUCAACUCAAUGACUCUUUUGACAAGCUGAAUGGAACUUGUCUCACCAAGUCUCCUGCUAAAGCCAACAUAUUAAGCAAAGAUCAUAGUAAAUACUCUACUGAAAAAGUACUGAACGGGGACAAAGCUGAAAUUACAAGGAUUAGUUUUACUGAUAAGGUAAAAAAUGAAAGUAAUCUGAAUGGAAAAUAUGAAGAUUUGAGUGAUGUGUCCGGAUUUACAGCCAAUUACAUCAGAUCCACCAAGUUAGACAGCUCUAAGAAUGGGAAGCAGCUGGGCUGCAAGGGCCGGCGCCCGCUGGCUCGCCGCGCCAUGCAGAAGCUCACGCACAGCCCCGCCACUCCCUCACUCCAAAACAACAAGAAUAAUAGUUUUAAGAUAAAUGAUUCUAAAACCAAGAGAAGUCCUAGAAAUAAAACCGAUAGCCCAGUAAAAUUGGAUCAAACAUUAGAUUCACACAAUGGAAUUUCAAGAUAUCCAAAAAGGUGUAGAAAUAAUAUAUCACAUGAAUUAAGUGAACAAAACACUUCCAAUAACAGAACAUCACCAAGCAAAAGAAGAAAAGUUAACAAUAACACAAAUACAAGUAAUGUAGACCAUGCAGAAGUGACUGAGAGUACCAGAGUGUCCAAGACGAGGAGCGGGCGCAGCCAGCUGGCGGGCCGGGGGGCGCGGGGGCGCUGCGCCAGCCCCGCCGCCGCACUAGAUGCUGGCGGUUCACGGAGGAACCCCAGUGAAUCACCUUCCAAGACUUUGAGACAGAAGAAAUCUGUGAAUAAAAGUGUCCAGUCGACUGCAGGCAGAGACUCGCUGAGGGACAAGAGUGGGUUUGCAGCUUGUUUUUCGGACAGUGAUGAUGACAAGCCACUCAAGACUCAGAAGUUUUUCUGUUAGGCUGUUCUUGUUUGGUUGGAUGUUCGGCUGUGCAGUGUCUGUCAAAAGCCUGAAUGUUGUAUGUUAGGUUUGAGAACAUGUGAGUGCAAUUGAGUUGAACUUGCCUUAAUCAUAGUGAAUUUGAUAUGCUAAGGACAUGAUAUUUCUGAUAUCUGUGGAUAUAGUUAUGUCCACACUGUGUCUGAGGCUACAGUGUUGGUGGUAGCUGUUCUUCUCUUUGUGCGGGGAAUGCAUUCAAAUAAAAUUUGUGUGCAGACAAUAGUUGUGCCAUUCUUUACAAAUUAAGCUAAGGUAGCAUGUUUCACUAAGUUCAUGAAACAAUAAGGUGUAAACAUUUCCUAUAUAUUAUUAUACUGAUAUUCAUGUAUAUUGCCAAUAGUUUAACAGUGGCUUGUAAGUUGCUUUUAGAAAAUAAUAAUUUUCUUUAUUGGUUUUGUAAAUAAUGUUGUUCUGGACCAUUUACUGUACAAAUUUUAAGACAAAUGGUUUUAUAUUCAAACUGCAGUUGAAGUUGUACCUGCUCAAGUAGGUACUGUGAUCAAUUUCAAACAACUGGACAAUUGGACAUUAUGGAGGCUGGAGGUUCGUUAUACCUUUAUAUUUUCAUUAAAAGGGAACAAAAGCAGUUAGUGACAAGAAUGGAAAAAAUUAUACGAUUUUUAUUGUCAUUUUUCAUUCAUUACAAAAUAAAUUUUGGACAUCUCAUAAAAUAUUGUAAUUUAAUAAAAUAUUAAUUAGUUUGGCCCAAAGGAGCUGAGGUCUCCACACUCUCCACCCAUCACCUGUAGCAGUGAUCUACCUGUUAGCUAAUAAUAAAUGUUUGUGGUAAGAUUGUAUGUAAAUAAUUUAGUGAUACAAAACAUAAGUUAUGAAUUUAUGAAGCAAACUUAUAAUUUAUAAUAAAUAUAGUACAUGUAUGUUCUAGAUUAAAAUUACUAGGUAUUUAUUGCAAUUUUAUACCACAAAAUGUACCAACUUUUUGUUGAAUAAUAAACAUAGGUACCUAUGUGAAAUAAACUGUUGAUCCAGACCCGACACGACUCUAUACAAUGUACGUAAUUAAUGUUAUACAAUACAUAAAUACAUAUUUAUGAAAUAAAAUAGACAAAACUUUGUCCUACUGUAUCAUACAAUUAAGGCUUUUUGAAAAUAUAAAGCUAUAAAAUAUA